GAUUAGACUUCUUUACUUCACUCUGCCAGCUGGAGGGAGCAGAAACAGUGCAUACAGAGGAUUUGAUUCAUCAUGAUUCUGCUCGUGGUCACUGUAUCCGUUGCCAAUGUGUUUCUUGCUGCUGGAGUUGUUUGCUUACCCCUAUUGGACCAGGGACCCCACAUCAACCAAGGCUGGGACCAGGUGGUACGACUCAGGCACCUUUUCGCUGCCAGGCCAGGACUUCACCUGCUGAUCAGUGGGGAUGGACAGAUCCAUGGCUCUGCAGACCAAUCUCUGUACAGUCUGCUGGAGAUCCGUCCAGUGGAUCCAGGCUGUGUUGCCAUCAGAGGAGUAGCAACUGCACGAUUUCUCUGCAUAGAAGGCAAUGGACGACUGUUCUCAUCACACACCUACAGCAGAGACGACUGCACCUUUAGAGAGCAGAUCUUACCAGACGGGUACAACGUCUACAUCUCUGACAAACACGGAGCUCUGCUCAGUCUAGGAAACCGGCGGCAAAGGCUGCAGGGUCGCGACAGAGGGGUCCCAACAUUGGCUCAGUUCCUUCCUAGGAUAAGCAUUCUGGAACAGGCCUCAGCCCCAGGUCAGGACAUUCCUGACCAGCAAGGGCUGAGAGUAGCACAAACAGAAGAACAUUUGGACUCUAUGGACUCAUAUGGAAAGCUCUCUCAGAUCAUUCACAGUCCCAGCUUCCACAAGAGAUGAGACAGUAGCUCUGAGACAUCUAAAAAACACAUUUGUCCUGGGGUGUUUUGCUUUGUUUGAGGCUGAGCACGCCUCCUGGCAUGUUGCCGAACCUGGGACUGAAUGCUUGUCCGGCAGCCUGCACCUGGAAAGGUUGCUGUGAAGUCUUUCCAGCACUGUCCUGUCAAAUAAGACCAAGUGCAGUGUCAUACAGAGUGGAGAAUAUCACACAUAUUCAGUAUCACAUUUCUGCCUGUUAUUUUCAGUUACAACCUUUGUUUUAAAGUUCUCAAACAACACAACCAUACAGGAGGUUUUAACCCUAUCCGCUAACACAACCAAUAGGAGCACUUCUUGAAUUAGAUAUCCAACUGAUACAAAUCACUAUUGGGAAAAAAAUAACCUUUUUAUAAUAUGACAAUCCUGUAGUAAUGGCUGCAACUUGAAUGGGUAUAAGGAAAGAUAAUGGUUUGGGUCCACAUCAUUUGUUUGUUAGGGUUAGAGGACCUUUGUUGUCAAGUAUAGAGGAUGAAACAAAUUGUUAAGCCCUACAAGAAAAAUUAUAAUAUGUGAAUAUGGGCUAUACAAAUAAAAUAAAAUCUGAUUGAUUGAUGGUUAAUAUUAUUAACACAUGGUUAUGAACAAUAGUCAUGGUUAAAAAAAACUGUUUUGUUUAAAAUGGCAAAAGAGCAGGGGUCGUUUAUGUUUAAGUUCAGUUUAAGUUUUGAAGAUCCAGUUCUUCUUCCAUCUCUGUCCCUUUAUAAUAUGACUGCACAUCCUCCUUGGCUCCUGUCAUAAUUACUACACCACUAGAGGUCACUGUCACACAAAUUUAAAAAUGUUUUGGGGCAUCUACCUAUCCAUCUAUCUAUCUGAAAUGAGUCAAACUGAAGGGUAGUGCUACCGAAAAGGUGCAACUAAAUCUUAUCAUACAUCGAAUAUUCUUUCUGUCAUUACACAUAGUCUUUCUGGUUAGAACAGUCUAAUCUCAUUCUCAAAAUGUUGUUUUUAUGCCACAAGAGUCUCAGCCUCAACUGUUUUGGUGAACUGUGGCAGAGAAUAGUCAGGAUGAUAAUCAACACCUGACAAAAGUAUUGUUUUCUUGUUAUGAGUUAUAUGUAUUGUAUGUUAUAAAUUAUUUAAAUAUACAACAGUAUGAAUGUUUCAUUUUGAAUGCACCUGUGGAAUUUUUCAAAUAAAUUACAAAGCAUUCAAAGAGG